AUGGAUAACCUGGAGAAGCAGCUCAUCUGUCCCGUCUGCCUGGAGAUGUUCAUCAAGCCUGUGGUUAUAUUGCCCUGCCAACACAACCUCUGCAGGAAAUGUGCCAACGACGUCUUCCAGGAUAUUUCCUCAGUCAUGGACAGAAGUGAUGAGUCUCAUAAGACAGAGGCAGUUGUGCCCCUGAACCCCACCAAGGUGGAGCAGCUGAUGUGUGAGGAGCAUGAUGAGGAGAAAAUCACCAUCUGCCUGAGCUGUGAGACGCCCACCUGCUCUAGGUGAGUGUUUGGCCAGCACAUUGACUGUGAGGUGGCCCCCUUGCAGAACGUCUACAAGCGACAGAAGACGGUGCUGAGCGACAGCAUCGCCAUCUUGGUGGCGGGGAACACCCGUAUCCAGGCCCUCCUCUCGAAGAUGGAGGAGAUAUGCAGGACCAUCCAGAACGGGCAUCAUCAGAAGCUGGAGGAGAGGAAGGAGGAGCUGGUGGGGAUGAUCAGCUGCCAGCAGGAUGACAAGCGACUACGUCGCCACGGAGACCACCUGGAGUGCGCGGGCAAGCUUGUGGGGACAGCCAUCCAGUCUAUGGAGGAGCCACAGAUGGCCGUGUUCCUACAGAGCAUCAAGGAUAUAUUUAAAAGGAUCUCUGCCACUGCCAAGGCGUCCAACAUGGAGCGUCCAGAGCCGGGUUAUGAGAGCAUGGCCCAUUUUGUUACCAACACAGAGGAUGUGGCAGACAUGCUAAGGACCAUUGACUUCAACACAAGUUCUCACAGAGAAGAUGGUUAUGAUCUGGAUGAGGGGGCCAGGACCUGGCAUCACUUCAACGGUGGACGUAGACUAUGGGAGAUACCAGUAGUUGAAAAGGAUCCCUCAGGUUAA